GGGUAAAUAUAGGUAAUCUGUGCUGCAUUUUGGCAAAUUGUUUUCUAUGCCAAAAUCCGUGCUCUAUGGAAAGUACAGCAAAGAGUGAAAGGUUGUGUAGUGUGUUCCAGUGUCAGAUGAAAUUAACCCGGUACUGGUUAAAAUAUUGUACUAUUUUCAUGAAUGUCAGGUUUUGUGAAACUGUUAUUAUUGUGCAAGCAAAAUUUUUUUCGCGUCAAAAUAGUUAAUGAACUCCGCACAUAACCCAAUUCAUUGAAGUCUUACAUAUUCUGAGAAUCAUCUGGACAUUACGGCAUUCUCUUCAAAAUAGCCCAUGAAGUUAUUACACUUUGUAAUGAAAACGCAUAAUUUUGUCGGGAUAGAAAUGUUUCUAUGAAGGUUAUAAUGAUUACCAGCAGUUGUGGUGCAGCAGCAUGCAGUGCCUUUGUUGAAUUGAGGAGUGAAUCUGAGUGGUACGACGAUAAUUUUCUACCUCUACGAAACAAUAUUAGAAAAGAAUCAUCUGGGGCAGGAUCCAGAAAGAAUGAUUUUGUUACAGGAGGGCAUAAUGUAUUGGGAUGUGUUCAAGAAAUAAAUAAUGUUUUAUCAGAUACAGAUUUAAGCAUGUCAUUGAUCAGCAGUGAAUACUGGCAACAUGAUAGUUCAAUUGUGGAUAUCAGCUUUUCUUCCCAAACAGUGCACGAAACGAAUAAAACAUCAGUUCCCAUUUUGAAUCCAAAGAAAGGUGAUGAUGCAGAGUUAUCAUCUCAUAAUUGCACUGGAGAUCAUAGAAGUGUGAAGUAUUAUGAUUUGUCUGAUAUAAGCACAAACUUUGCAUGUAAUCAGACAACUGAACAAACUUUUCAACAUCUCAACAUGACAAGAUCAGGCUCAGUUGAAAUUAAAGUGGAAGUGGAUCCAAAUCUAUAUGUAAACUGUGAAACAUCAGUAGAUGGUGAUUUGUGGUCGGAUUCACGCUUAAAAAAUACUCAUUGUAAUAAGUCUUGUGUCAUGUUGUUUUCUAAGCCAAAUAAUAAGCAGAAUCUUUGUGUUAACAGUUCAGAUAACAAACAUUCUGGCAUAAGCAGUAACAGAUUUAAUGUAGUGAGCAGACAAGUUCAAAUAGCAGACAGUAAUAAUUUGAAACAAUUUCCAGAACAUGAAUUAGAUGAUAAACGGACAAGUGUGUUUAGUGAAGAAUCUGAGAGUGAGGCAAGUGAACUGAAUGAAGAUGAUAGUGAAUUUUGUACAGAAACUCCUCCGGUUGAAGAAUCUAGUAACAGUUAUGAGUUAGUGAAAAAUACUGAAGAACAGUUAGACAUACAGCUUUCUGGGUUUUACAAGUUUGAAUGUGAUAAGUGUGCAAACAAACAAACAUUUUGCAAUUUUAAGUUGCUUGACCAACAUUGCAGGGUUCAGCAUCAGACAAGAGGCUGUGUUUUGUGUUGUGGCCAAACUAUGUGGGAAAGAGAUGAACUUAUGGAGCACAUAUUGGACCAUAAGCAUACUUACAAGUGUCCUGAAUGUCAAGAAGAGUUUACAAACAAGUCUUUGUGGAAAAAUCAUCAGAAGCAGCACUUCCCAAAAUCAGAUUUGGACCCCUUCUGCUGCCCGCAUUGUAGCAAGCAGUUUAGCUCAAAGUAUGGCCUAGCCAAUCACAUGAACCUACAUUUGCCAGAAGGUGAACGACCAUAUAGGUGCCAGUAUUGUAACAAGGGCUUUGGGGCGAAGCAUGCCAUGACCAAACAUGAACGUACACACUUGCCAGAUGAAGAGCGGCUUAGUUAUGUCUGUGAUAUCUGUGGCAAAAGGUUUGGAUAUGCCAGCACACUGGAUGGGCAUCAGCGGCAUGUUCAUCAAAAUGAACGCCCCUUUGUGUGCCAUGUGUGUGCCAAAUCAUUCCCAAUCAAAGGAGCACUCGCAUAUCACCUCACCACACAUGAAGUUCAGGAUCGCGUGCGAUGUACGCAGUGUGGCAUCUGGCUGAAGAAUGAAAAGAUCCUUCGUAUUCAUAAGAAGUGUCAUCAAGGGGAGCUGUUCACCUGUCCGCAUUGUGACAAGGUGUCAAAUACUCGUAAUAAUUUACGGAUGCACAUGAAGAGACAUAGCGAUGCUCGGCCUCACACGUGUACACUCUGUACACGUGGUUUUAAGACUCCGCGUGAUCUGAAGACACACAUGGUGCAACAUACAGGACAGAAGCCAUACAGCUGUCCUUAUUGUCCCAAAACAUUUGCUAGUCCAAGUAAUUUCUAUGCACAUAGAAAGAUGAAGCAUAAAUUGCCUGCUGUUUCUUAUGAUGGAUCACCGGCUUCCAAUACCUCACAUUAUCCGUAUUGAGCAUCCAUCACUGUGGUGAGUAGAGCAAUGUAGUGGCUACUUCUGAUAUCAUGUCGUUUCUUCAAUCAUCAGAUGGGAAGAAUUGCAGUUGUAGUCUUAAUACAGUGGUUUAAUUAUUCUGUUAUCUGCCAGAAAUUACAUUUGUGAUUAAUUUAUAGUUACUAAAUCUUAGUAUGAAAUGACAGUUCUGUGAGCUUACAAUGACUUUUGUUAGGUUAAUCUAUCCUUGCACAGGAGCAUUUGUCAGAGUACCGACAGGAAAUAAUAAUGAACUGCAGAUUAUGAUAGGAACAAAUAGGUAUGGUCAAUUCAUCUUAAGCUUUAUACCCUGAGGAAGAAAUGUAUGAUACAUGUGUAUAUGCAGUAUCAAUGUAAGUUUAAAAUAGAUUCAGUUUGUGGGUACUGUAGGUAAAACUAAUUUUGUGCUAUGCUAUCACCAUGGACAUUUGUGUUAACCAUUUUGUGUUUUUUAGUUAUAUUUUGUUUGCACAGAAAUGUAAAUUUUAUUUGGACAAAUAAAGUGAUUUUUUAUGUGGAUAUGUA